CGUAGUAGAAUUCUUAUUUACAUUGAUAAACAAUGACCUUGCAUUUGAAUGUUAUUUUUCGCCCAGAAAGCGUUUUUUGCAUUAAUGAAAGUCAAAUUACGAGAUUUGAUAACCGAAUCUAAUCACAAGUGAUAUUAUUUACAAGUUUGUUACCACCUGCCUGUAGCCACCUCAACCUUCACCAUGUCUUUGCGAAAAUUAUCGUAUUAUUUAAUCAAAGCGGUCCCAAAACCCCACAGCCGGCAUUUCAGCCUGCACAAGCUCUCAGAGGACCACCUUAUGAUACAGAAAACUUGCAGGGACUUUGCCGAACGCGAGUUAAAACCAAUCGCGGCACAGCUAGACCGCGAACAUAAAUUUCCCGAGAAACAAAUCAAACAAUUGGGAAAAUUAGGCUUGUUGGCCGUAAGUGUGUCGAAAGAGUACGGCGGUUCGGGUCAAGACAACUUAGCCUUGGCUGUGGCUGUUGAGGAAAUCGCGCGAGGUUGCGGGGGCACGGGCGCAAUUGUCUCGAUUCACAAUUGUCUCUACUCGAAUCUGCUCAAUCGAUUGGGGACAGCGCGGCAAAAGGAGAGAUUUUUGCGCCCUUUUAUCACUGACUGCGAACUGGGUUGUUUCGCAUUGAGCGAACCUGACGCCGGUAGCGACGUUGGGGCAAUGUCCACUACUGCCGUAGCCGAUGGCGACUGUUUUGUCCUCAAUGGGACCAAAUCGUGGGUCACCAGCGGCCCCGUGGGCAAAGCGGCGAUUGUUUUUGCCACAGUUGAUAAGCAACUGAGGCACAAAGGUAUCACCGCUUUUAUCGUUCCUUUGCCCUCGGACGGGGUCACUUUGGGCAAGAAAGAGGAUAAGUUGGGGAUCAGGGCUUCGCCCACGUGUAACCUAAUCAUGGACAAUGUCAGAGUGCCCAAAAGUAACGUUAUUGGUGACGUGGGGGACGGUUUCGUGAUAGCCAUGGCUCAGUUAGACUUUGCCAGGGUGGGAAUAGCGGCCCAGGCUUUGGGCAUAGCUCAGGCCGCUCUGGAACUUGCCGUUCACUACGCAAGUCAGCGGAAGUCGUUCGGACAAACAAUCAACCAAUUCCAGGCCGUUAAAUUGCGAUUGGCGGAUAUGGCGAUUAAAUUAGAAUCGGCGCGCUUGCUGGUUUGGAGGGCCGCUGUCUUGUGUGACGAGCCCCAGAGGUCGACGAAAGAGUCAUCGAUGGCCAAACUGGCCGCCAGCGAAGCUGCCACUUUCAUCACACAUGGGGCUAUACAGAUUUUGGGCGGCAUGGGGUACAUUAGCGACAUGCCGGCCGAAAGGCACUACCGGGAUGCGAGGAUUACGGAGAUUUAUGGGGGGGUUAACGACAUUCAACGGCUGUUGAUCGGCGAUACGAUAAUCAGGGAGUAUCAAAUUUAAGGCAUUUAAAAUUGUGUGGUUAUGUGCAAAUGGUGGGUGUUCGUUAA